CUGUUUUACAAUAUGAGUAGGGGCGAUCACCAUCUCCUCCGUAGCCAUUCUGGCUCAAGCUGUUUUGGGUGAAGCGUCGGGGCUCGAGCGACGCCGCGGCCGCAGCGGGCAUGGCGGACCUGGUGUCGCAGGCCCGUGAUGCGUACUUUGCGACGACGGGCUCGGGUGCAGCCGUGGUCACCGUGGCCACUUUGUUGCUUUGGCACUGGCUGCGACAGCGCCAGCAGCAUUCGAAAAGUGGCGUCCAGCACACGGACCGCAGGAGUGCCACCGCGGCGCUGGAGAAGCAGUCGGGACAGCGGGUCGGUGGCAGCACGGCGGCGCAAGACGCCGUCGCCUGCUGGGCGCUGGGUAUUGGGCGUUACAAGCAUUGUGGCCUCCGCGGAGAUCCGAUGGCUUCCACCGAGCUGCCAGUGCUCUCGCGGACGAACAUUGACAUCCCACUGCCGGAGCUUGGCGCCGAGCGUCGGGAGAAAGUGGACUCUCUGUCUCGCCGCGUCGAGGACCUCACUGAGCUUGCCAUGAAAGGGCCCGGUCUGGGCGGCCACCGCACGGACGGGUCCACGCUGGUGCGGUACCUCCGCGGGAACAAGUGGAACGUGGACAAAGCGGAGAAGCAGCUCCGCGCCGCCGCCAGUUGGCGGCAGCAGGGCGACAUGGACAGGAUUUUCACGAGUUGGGACUUGGAAGCCUACGAGCGUUGCUUGGCCCCGUGGUGGCUAUCUGGCGGCCUUCUGGGCCAUGGCAAGCACGGCCAGCCCGUGGCGAUAGAGCGGAUAGGGCACUGCAGGUUCCCUGACCUCGUCAAAGCCAUGCCUUGGGAGGUGCUGCUGAGAAUAGAUAUCGUGUUCUGCAACCGGCUCCUCGGCGCACUGGAGGAGGACGCACUGCGCCGAGGCAAGCCUCUAGCGCCAGCUCUCAUCAUCAUAGAUGUCCACGGCUUCGGGCUGGAUCAGGCACAGUUCCAGGCCGCGCGGACAUUGGCCCGGAUCGUAAAGAGCCGCAACCUACUCCUCACGGAGGUGACAGACAAGGUGCUCAUCAUCGGGGCCCCGCCCGUCUUCCAAAGGGCCUGGUCGCUCUUCAAUUACCUGCUGGACCCCGGGACCCGGGACAAAUUUGAGGUGGUUGGCGGUGCAGAAGAUACCUUGCAGGUGUUGAGACAGUAUUUGGACGACGAUGUUAUACCCGAGUACCUUGGGGGCAAGUUUCACAUUGGCGGUGACCCAGAGUGUUCGCUGCAGCUCGCGCCAGGCGGCCCCCCGCCGCAGCAGGCGAUCGACCGCUUGCUGGAGCUCACGGUUUGCAAUGGCGUGGUGUUGCCCGCGGCGAAGGAGUGCUUGGCCAAAGCGGCUUCUUGUUCGUCCCGCUCCACCUCUCCUCGAAGUGCCGCCGGGCCCACCCAGGAAGAGGACGCCAAGCCCAGGUGGUGCUGCGGCACCUGACUUCCCCACACCCUCGAUGAGCGAUCAGCCCGCUUAGGCCGCCAUUGGCAGCGAUCCCAAACGGAGAGCGCCUGCCGAGUCUCGAUGUACUGUUUGAGGAACCAGUUUGAAGGCUUGUUCCCGUCAUCAAGGUUUUGAAUGUGGAGUCCUGGGCACAUCUUGGGGCCGUCUGGGGGCACCCUUGGUAGCCUCGGGGGCCAUCGUGGGGUCAGCCUGGAGGAGAU